UCUGCAGUAGUUUGAAGUUGCAGAGGAGCAAGAUGAAAAGGAAGAUAAUGGAUCAGAAUAAAGGAUCAGAGAUUAUGUGUGCCAUUGAAGAACUGUCCGUUAUGGUCAAAGUUAGAAGUGCAACAUUGGUCCCAGUUGCUGAACAUGGUGAUGUUGAUGAUCAAGCACAUGAUCAUGAUGCUGCCUUUAUCAAUCACGAAGCUGGCCAUAUUCCAACAAGGCCUUUCCUUUCUCUCUGCAGAUUGCUUCUUCAAGUUCUCGUCGUUUACCUUUUUGCAGAUAAAAUUGGACCAACAAUGGCUGUUCUCAGGCAAGAUAUUCAUCAGAAUAUUCGGAGAUUGGAAGUGAAACAUGAAUCUGAUCCUUCAACAUAUUCAAAUAUGGUUGAGAUGUUGAAAAUGGAGGCGACCGAAGGCAUUGCAAGAGAAGUUACUAGUUCUAGUAGGGCCUUCGUUUGGCUCACCAGAUCCCUUGAUUUUACCGUGGCAUUGUUUCAAAAUUUAUUAAGAGAUCCUGGGAAGAAUAUGAAGCAGGCAGUGGAAGAGUCUUAUAACCUCACUUUGAAGCCAUGGCAUAGAUGGAUUUCAUCAGCUGCUUCUAAAGUGGCUCUCAUGCUAGUCCCAGACAAUGAAACCUUCUUUAGUAGCCUCAUGGCAAAAGAUGAAAACUAUGACAACUUGAAAGUGGAAAUUGAGACCUUUCUUUCCUUGCUUGUGCCUUAUCUGGAACAGAUCCACUCCAUUCUGAGAUUUUAUCACUUGGACAAGUUGAAGUCUAACUGAGGAACAUACACAAUAAAGAAAAGCAGAAUUAGUGUACAGACAUGAAUCAUACCGCGCCGUUAUGUAAAUAUGUACAAAUUAUAAGAAAUGUUGUCUUCAUAUUCCAUUUAAAGCUUCUACAAUGUGUAAAGAAACCCCUAGCUAUGAUCUCAUCCAUCCUCUGUAUAGUUUUACCUGUUCAAAGAAAUGACAGAUUUUAUAUGUAAUAUUAAGUUGAGCCAUAAGCUUGGGAGUUGUUACAGGCAAUGAGCCAAUACUCAAUACACCCA